AUGAUGGAGAAGGAGGACCGAUUAGAGCUCUGCUUUCCACAACUCAUCAACAUCUCCUGCAGGAAGCCCACGUCUCAUUGGUCUGAUGGUGUUCUUUUCACUGUUCUGCUGUCCAUCAUCUGUAUCCUCUCUGUGGUUCUCAACCUGCUGGUCAUCAUCUCAAUCUCCCACUUCAGGCAGCUCCACACUCCCACCAACAUCCUCCUCCUCUCUCUCGCUGUCUCUGACUUUCUGGUGGGCCUCCUGGUGUGGCCUGGUCAGAUCUACAUGAGAACAUCCUGCUGGACUCUUGGUGAUGCGCUGUGCUUCUUGUAUAAUUAUAUGACUUUCAUAAUCAUGUUUGUCUCAGUAGGAAACAUGGUGCUGAUAUCAGCUGACCGUUAUGUGGCUAUUUGUGAUCCUCUGCAUUAUAACACCAAAGUCACUGUGAAAAGGGUUCAGCUUUGUGUUUGUCUCUGUUGGUUCUUCUCUUUCGUCUACUGUAGCAUCAUCUUGAAGGACCAGCUGGUCCAUCCUGGGAAGUACAUUUCCUGCUACGGAGAGUGUGCCUUUGGUAUUGACUAUUAUGCGGGUGUGGUGGACAUUGUUGUGAACUUCAUCCUUCCUCUCAGCAUCAUCAUCACGCUGUACAUGAGAGUGUUUGUGGUUGCUGUGUCUCAGGCCCGAGCCAUGCGUUCUCAUGUUACAUCAGUCACGAUACAAUAUUCAGUUAAAGCAAAGAAAUCAGAGCUGAAGGCCGCCAGGACUCUUGGUGUCCUGGUCCUUGUCUUUCUGGUGUGCUUCUGUCCAUAUUACGUUCUUUCUCUCACGGGCGAUAAAAUAAUCAUUUCAACAUUUGCUCAAUAUGUUCUUUAUUUGUAUAGUUUGAACUACUGUGUAAACCCGCUGAUCUAUGCCUUGUUCUAUCCCUGGUUUAGAAGAGCUGUUCGACACAUCGUCACCCUGCACAUACUGCAGCCUGGCUCCUGUGAGGCCAACAUUAUUUCCAGUUAA